GUUUAAUGUCAAAAAAUAUUACGAAUUAUUGGUAAAAAGUUAAUAAUUUGCCUUUUAAAAUGAGAUUAUUAGCUCGAAAAUUAGUUAACUGCAGUAAAUUAUCGUUCACAAGAAUCUGUGCGGGUCGGCAAUAUUCGAAAGAAGUGAAGAAAGAUGAAAAGGAAAAUAAAAUGGAAAAUAUUCCUAGAAAUGUUAUAGUCGAGAGGUAUGGUGAAAUAGUAACCCUCAACAUUGACCGUCAAAUCACGAGGAACAGUCUUGACAUCGUCACUCUGAGGGAGAUUGAAGCUGUCAUCGAGGAGUUUGACAAGGAUGAGAAGGCCAAGGUGCUGGUGUUCCACGGAGAAGGAGGCUCGUUCUGCUCCGGCUACGAUGUGGAUGAGCUGGAAGAAACAGGCUACAAUGCCCUGUUCGAUGCUUCGGCCCGACUCCGGCGGCGUCCCAUGUGCGACAAGGUGACAAUAGCAGCCAUCUCAGGGUAUGCUGUGGCCGAGGGGUUCGAGCUGGCACUGGCUUGCGACCUGCGGGUCAUUGAAGACACAGCUAUUUUAGGGUGCCUGGGUCGCAGGUUUGGAGUCCCACUAGGCCUACUCGGCGGGCGGCGGCUGACGGCCCUCAUCGGGCUCUCCCGCGCACUCGACCUGCUCAUCACGGGGCGCCAGAUCACCGGCGUGGAGGCGCACGAGAAGGGGUUAGCUGCUAAACUGACCACUACUGGGACUGCACUAGGCGAAGCCAUCAAGCUAGCCAAAUCGAUCGUGAAGUUCCCGCAAGCGGCCCUCAUGAUGGACAAGCUACAAGCCGUGAACUCGACGUUGAACCCCAACAGUGAAGACAGCAUGCGUGAUGAGGCGCACGCGCAGAUCCUGCUGGGACAAGCUGUUGAGGAUAUUAAGGAGGGACUCCAGAAGUUUCAGAGCGGCAUAGGUCGCCACGGCAAGUUCUACAAGCUGACAGAAGUGCCCAUGAAGGACUGGGAGCUCGAGGACAGCGUGGAAGAGGUCACCGUCAUAGACGCAGACCCUGACGCGCCCAAGGACGAUAGUGAGGACAAGAAGAAGAAAUAAGGUGGCCAGUGUUAGCUAUUUUGAAGGCAGAAAUUCUAAUUUUAAAGCUGUCAAACUAGAAAUUUUGCAAUCAAAAAUUACACGUACGGGGACAAUCACACAGUCGAAUUUUAAACCAAGCAAUGAAGGCUUUGACACUCUAAAAUUAGAAUUUGUGACUUCAGAAUCGACAUCAGUGUCGUAACGCGCCCAAAGAAAAUAAGAAGAAAUGAGGUGGCCAGUGUUGUAGACUUGUUGGUAGUUACUGGGUGUUGAUGUAGUGGUGUGGUAA